GGGGGAGAAGCAGGCCUCGGGGUGAACCCGGGCCCCCCCAAGCACACACGCACACACACACCCUUCCCUCCCGCCCCGAAGGGGAAGGGAGGAGGCCGGCCGCUGUCACCACCCCGCGGCCCAGAGAAAGGAGGGCGCCCGGCCGCUGUGGAGCGCGGGCCGUUCGGCCACUGCGCGCCCGAGCGGGGCCGCGCGGCGCAGCGAGGGGGUCUCCGGGUCCCGCUCGGAGUACCCAUCCAUCUUUCGCUCGCGCUUUUCGCGUCACCUCUCUUUUUUGUGUGUGUGUGUGCUUGUGUGUUGACUUUCUGACCCUCCUCCCACAUCCCGCGAAUAGCGGGUAUCUCUGGCUUCGCCGCCACUCCCCCUUCUCGCCGCCCCCUCGGGUGGACCCGACGGGGGGUGUUGCGAGCGUGGUUCCCCUCUGCAAACUUUUCUCCGCUCCUAGCCCAAGUCCUGGGCGAGCCCUGGCAGCUGGUCCCCUCGCCUCUGUCCAGCUUCUGCGGUCCCAUUGAGCUUGGGGAAUCCCCGAGCCGGCGGGGCCGGGCGGGGGCGGGGAGCGGCGGGGGCCGGGACUCCUGCAGGCCCGACCUUCCCCGGAGCGUGUCUCGCUAGUCUCGCUCCGCGACCCGCUCGAACGUUCGCUCCGGCCCAGUGGGCGACGGGAAGCGGAGAGGGAGCGCAAAGUCCGCUUACAAAGCCCCUAGAUGAGCCACUCAUAGGAGUAUGGCGGGGGGGGGGUGGUCUUCGCUUCUUCUUCUUUUUUUCCUUUUUGCCAGAAACUUCAAAGCUGGUGUUAGCGGAUACUUCAGCCAUCCCCUUCUUCUACCAUUUUAAUGCGGGACCCCUAUUUGGAACUUUUUUCCCCCCUCUGCUUCCUUUCUGUUUGCAAAUGCAUUGAUGAGCACACGCAGAAACUUCAGAACUGAAGGUUAGGGAGCUAGUUGUUUUUAAAAUGUGUCCUUCCCGCCUCCCUCUUUGGAGUUUUCCUAAAUACUUCGUGAAAUUCCAAACGCGUAGCUUGGGCGCUUGAGACCUUUGGAAAUGCAGAAUCUUCAAGAGAUUAUACUCUCAGCAUCUGGUCCCAUCCCGGUGGAGUUAAUAUGGGGAAUUGGAGAAUUCAAAAUUACCCAUUGUGUAAUCUGGCUUGUCCUAUUAAGACAUAUUUCAAAUGUGAGCAUUUUUAUUUUAGGUAAUUAUUGAAAUAAAUGGGCUUACUAAAGUUGGAAAUUCUUAAGAUUUUGGAACUCCUGAACGUCCCACUUUAUCAUCCUGAUCUGGCCCACGAAGCAUCCCAUCACCAACAGCAGGCAGCGCAGAACAGCUUGCUGCCCCUCCUGAGUUCUGCUGUGGAGCCCCCUGAUCAGAAACCGUUGCUUCCAAUACCAAUUACUCAGAAACCUCAGGCUGCACCAGAAACAUUAAAGGAUGCCAUUGGGAUUAAAAAAGAAAAACCCAAAACUUCGUUUGUGUGCACUUACUGCAGUAAAGCAUUCAGGGACAGCUAUCACCUGAGGCGCCAUCAGUCCUGCCACACAGGGAUCAAGUUGGUGUCUCGGGCAAAGAAAACCCCCACCACAGUGGUUCCCCUUAUCUCCACCAUUGCUGGGGAUAGCAGCCGAACUUCGUUGGUUUCAACUAUUGCAGGCAUCUUGUCAACAGUCACUACAUCUUCCUCGGGCACCAACCCCAGCAGCAGCGCUAGUACCACAGCAAUGCCUGUGCCCCAGUCUGUCAAGAAACCCAGUAAGCCUGUGAAGAAGAACCACGCCUGUGAGAUGUGUGGGAAGGCCUUCCGGGAUGUGUACCACCUCAAUCGGCACAAGCUUUCCCAUUCGGACGAAAAGCCCUUUGAGUGUCCUAUUUGUAAUCAGCGCUUCAAGAGGAAGGACCGGAUGACUUACCAUGUGAGGUCUCAUGAAGGAGGCAUCACCAAACCCUAUACUUGCAGUGUUUGUGGGAAAGGCUUCUCAAGGCCUGACCACCUAAGCUGUCAUGUAAAACAUGUGCAUUCAACAGAAAGACCCUUCAAAUGCCAAUUUUCCUCCCUCAUGCAGACGUGCACUGCUGCCUUUGCCACCAAAGACAGACUACGGACACACAUGGUGCGCCACGAAGGCAAGGUAUCAUGUAACAUCUGUGGGAAGCUCUUGAGUGCAGCAUAUAUCACCAGCCACUUAAAGACACAUGGGCAGAGCCAAAGUAUCAACUGUAACACGUGCAAACAAGGCAUCAGCAAAACGUGCAUGAGUGAGGAGACCAGCAAUCAGAAGCAGCAGCAGCAGCAGCAACAGCAGCAGCAGCAGCAGCAACAACAUGUGACAAGCUGGCCAGGGAAGCAGGUAGAGACACUGAGACUGUGGGAAGAAGCUGUCAAAGCAAGAAAGAAAGAAGCUGCCAACCUGUGCCAAACCUCCACGGCUGCUACGACACCUGUGACUCUCACUACUCCAUUCAAUAUAACGUCCUCUGUGUCGUCUGGGACUAUGUCAAACCCAGUCACAGUGGCAGCUGCAAUGAGCAUGAGAAGUCCAGUAAAUGUCUCAAGUGCAGUUAAUAUAACCAGCCCAAUGAACAUAGGCCAUCCUGUAACCAUAACUAGCCCCUUAGCCAUGACCUCACCUUUAACGCUCACCACCCCAGUCAACCUCCCCACCCCUGUGACCGCCCCAGUGAAUAUAGCACACCCUGUCACCAUCACAUCUCCAAUGAACCUGCCCACUCCUAUGACAUUAGCUGCCCCUCUCAAUAUAGCAAUGAGGCCUGUAGAAAGUAUGCCUUUCUUGCCCCAAGCUUUGCCUACGUCACCACCUUGGUAAACAGUAUUAUAAAGUCAAAAUUGGGUUAAAGUAAAUAUUUACCAGCAACUUAACCUUAGUUGAUUAAAGCAAAAAGCAGACUAUGAAAUUGGGAGGUUUUAUUAUGUUAGUUAAUAAGAGUGUAGUAGCUCCAAUUUUGCUGGGGUUGUUCAAAGUAGGGAAUGUGUAACUUAUCACUGGACCACUUUAGCUUAAUCAGAAACCCCUUUAGCUGACACCAUUGCUUAAACAGGAUAGUAGCUGGCAAGACGAAAUGCCAGAAUUAAAACCAAUCAUAAAACCCAUUUCAAAAUAAAAAAGCAUUAUUUGUUUUUGUUAUUAUUUUUAAUACAACAGAAUCAUUUUAUUGUAAACACUAGCAGGGUUCUUCCCUCUGUACAAGGUGGACGGUUUUAACCUGGAGUUCAAACCCACAGACUGAGAACUAGUGUAGCAUUGUCUGUGGCUUUGCUCGUAUGAGUGAAUAGAGGCAUUGUCAUAAUAAAAUGCAUUUCAGAGAAUAUGCAUUUUACCUUUGGGAAUAUGUUAAUUUCAGGCAGCAUUCCCUAUGGGAAAGGUGAUACCAGCUCUGAUAUGCAAAGCAUAUGAUAAUUUAUCAUUCUAACUUCAACAUAUAAUAGGGAUUGUGACCUGAUAUUUGGAGAUGUAAAUAUUGCUCAGCAUAUUAAUCCUGAUGGAAUAUAGCAUUGUAGUUGACUUUUUAAAAAAAAAAAACAAAAACUUAAAAAAAAAAAAACCCAACAAAUUGUGUUUUGAUGAGAAAAGGCUGCAGCUGACUGAGGAGAAGUCAGAUGUGGGCACAGCAGGCUCCUAAUGGGUCAGGGGAUCCUGUUCAGGAGGAGUGAGAACUUCGGAACAGUUUAAAUCUAUUGCUUUAAAUUGGAAGACAUUGGAGGCACUGGGAUGUGAUAUGCCCCUCUCUCUCCCAAUCAAUGUCUGUUGAUGUUACAACAGGCACAGAUGUGUUAGAUGCUCACUAGAGUUUAUGUCUUAUAUUAAAUUGUAUACAGUUUUUAUUCUAACCACUAACUAGGUAGUGUGCCCCUUCAGAACAGGCAGAGUGUAUCUUCCCCCUCCUUCUGUUUAAUCAAGUAUUGUGCAGAUUUGUUCAACUUUGUAAAUAUGGACAUCACUUUUUUUUUUUUCCUUUGAAAAAAAACCAACACUUGUAUCCGCUUUCUGGAGUUUCCAGGGAGGCAGCUGUCUGCAUGCUCCAUGGAAGCCCUGCAAUGACUGUGCACGUUGAGACAUGUGCUUUUUGUUUCUUAGCGGGAUGCUUUAUCCCUGUACAUAUGGUAGAAACCAAAAGCUAGGGAGACAGAUACUCUAAGCCAUCAUGCCACACUUCAUGUUUUCAAAGCAUCGUGUUAGAGAACAGUUCGUUCAAACCAAGAGGUUGUAAUUGUUUUUUACAUUGCAAUAUGUUUUGGGUCUUUUUCAUUUUUAAUCUUGCAGUUAAGAGAUAUGGGAAUGAGUUUUAGCCCUGCAGAAUGCAUGCAGGACUGUCACACAAGAUGACUUCCGUUUGGUUAUACCCCACUGUGUCAGUACAAACAUCAAAAUACCAUACGUCCGAGGCAGACUUCCUACAUCAGGGACAGGUAUCUGUGUGUCAUUAUACAAAACAGUUCUAGGGGGAUGAACUACAUAGUAAAAAAAAACUAAAAUAAAUAGUACCUAGUGUAAAAUAAUUUUAUAAAUGAUCUUUUGUACUUUAGGACAUUAAAUUGUACAACUUUUGUAUAUAAAAAGCUUAGGAACUUUCUGUUUAGCAGGAAGGCAACACAUUCCUACACUUUUAAUGUAUAUGUUUGUUAUAAUGUCCAUGUAAACAUGCCCUAUGUUUGUGCCUUUUAAUUAGUUUGUCUCAAUAAACAAAAUGUAGAGAAAAAUAUGUAGCUAUGACUUUGUUACAACAGUUCUUAUCCACAGUGGAAAAAUGGUUUGUUUUUAAGUGUAGAUCAUUAUGUGUGAGCUCCAGCAAGGGCUCAUGGGGGAAGGCCUAGGAAUGGCACUGCGGAGACCCUGGAGGACAGUGGUCACAUGUGGAGGAAACCUUCAUUUCCUGGCAUGUGCUCUGCCCGCCGGGCCUUGUCAUCUCUGUUGUGCUGGCAGUCAUGGUCCUUAUGGUCAGAUAACCCAGGCUUCCUCUACAGUGGCCAAGGAGCAGUCCUCAAAGUGGGCAGGUGUGGGCCCUUCCCCCAGGCUACAGCGUGGACAUGAGAUCCUGAAAGUAUUAGUUCUUACAGAAAGAAAAAAAAAAAAGAUAUAUACUAGAAAUGGUUGUUUUAUCAAUUCAUUGUAAACAGGAGUGAGACUUCAUUGUAUGACUUCAGUUAAAAUGCUAUUUUGUAUGCAUACUUUAUUCACUUAAGAAGCUUGUCUGCAAUAAUAAAGCCACGUUGUGUCUUCUUUGGGGAGGGAGAGAGUUGAGGCAGGAUGGGUGAGGGUAGGGCAGAGGGGGCACAGAUAGGCCUUGCGGUGAAAUCCUCCUGUGGCCCCGAACUGAAACUGAGUUGUGAUGCUGAUGACGAACUGAUUCGCCCGUGUGUCUCCGAGCGCCCCGACGGCCACCGUUCUACAGAAAGGCAGAGUCUGGUUUCCCUCCUGGUUGUAACCUGGUGGAGAGCUUUCCCUUUAUCCGAUUGGCAGCUAAACAGUUGUAUUAGAUAAUCUUCAAAUCUGACAUCCAGCCUGUUAUGCUUGCUCUAGGGCUCGCUGCUUGGCCUGCAUCUCCCUUCUCCUGUGUAUUCAUUUCCCUCCUAAGGUGUGCUCCUAAAUGAAGGUUUCUAUGUACGCGGAUGAUGAUUUACCUGUCAAUACCAGCACUGUAUUACUAACAUGCAAAAUACUGCAGAUUUAUUUUGACAAAUUAAAGUUAACCAGUCACAACUGU